AUGGAACGAGUUUAUCGCAGACCAGUAAUUGCCAUUGCUGGAGCAACUGGUGAUCUGGGAUCCCAUCUAGUGAAGGCCUUUCUUGCAGCGGACGUAAUCUCCCAGCUCUCGGGCCUGAUAUUGCUCUCAAGACGACACACGCCAUUAACUGAGACUUGGAAGGCAAAAGGGGCACAAGUUCGGAUUGUGGACGAAGCUGGGGAUAUUGGGGAGCUGGUCGAUGCAUUGGAGGGAGUUGAUAUCUUGAUUAAUGCUAUCUCAUCUGCUGGAGCACGACUCAGGGAUAACAUGAUACGCGCUCUACCGAAAACCAAAACGACAUUAUACUUCCCAUCAGAGUUCGGGGUCGACUAUACCACCCAUAACUUUGGCAUACCUGAAUGGGAUGAUAAAAAGGAGCAUUUCGAGCUGAUGGCGAAGACCCUCAUGGGAAGCAGAGUCCAGUUCUGUCGACUUUUUAUUGGGUUGUUCCUGCACAAAGGGAUUGGUCCCUGGUUUGGAUUCCAUACAUCGAAGGAUGUCUACCAGGUAUAUGGGAGCCUAGACCAGAGUGUCAGCUACACCGAUCUAGGAGAUGUCGCUAGAGUCAUCCAGAUCCUUACGGACGAGGCGUUGGCUGGGCACAUGGUGCCAACGAGCCUGCGAAUUGCUGGCAGUCAUUCCAGCAUUCGCGAAACAGCCAAAGCCAUGGAGGAAGCUGGUGCAGGGACGAUAGAGCUGAGGUCGGCAGACCUUGAUCGCUUCAAAAUUAAGGCAUUAGCUCGACCCUAUGCACAACGGGAUGCAGUUGUGUUCCUGAGGUUCUUGAUGGCAGAUGGAAGAAUUGAUCUUAGGCCAGAGCAUGAAGGUGGGAUGGGUAACGACAACGAGCUUGUCAACCCUGGACAGAAGCAUUUCAGGUGGAAGACCAUUGACGAUCUUGCUCGAGACACAAGAGGGAGACCAAAUGCAGAUGCGUAG